AUGUCGAUAAUUCCUAGCUUCUUUGGUAGCCGGCGAUCCAGUGUCUUUGAUCCCUUUUCUUUAGACAUUUGGGAUCCCUUUGACGGUUUAUUGACCCCCUCCCUAUCUGAUGUUCGGGCAACUGUCCGUGAAACCACCCCCAGAGUUGACUGGAAGGAGACCCCAGCAGCUCACAUUUUCACCGUGGAUCUUCCAGGGUUGAAGAAGGAGGAGGUGAAGGUUGAGGUGGAAGAAGGUAGGAUUUUACAGAUCAGUGGAGAGAGGAGCAGCGAGAAAGAGGAGAAGACCGACAAGUGGCACCGUGUGGAGAGGAGCUCCGGCAAGUUUCAGAGGAGUUUCAGAUUGCCGGAGAAUGCAAAGGUUGAUGAGAUGAAGGCUUCAAUGGAGAAUGGCGUGUUGACUGUGACUGUGCCAAAGCAGGAGGUGAAGAAGCCUGAGGUGAAAGCCAUUGAAAUCUCUGGUUGA